ACUUGGACAUGAAAAGUCUGAGCCCUGCUGUCUCCAGCCCUCUUCUGCCUUUUUGGGUACUGAAGCUGGAGCCUGAGACACUGGGGCAACCAAAUGUGUCAGGCUUUAUGUGUUCUUCAGAAUCAAGGUUCUUGUUCUCUCAGUCUUUUCCAUUUCCAUUCUCUCUCACUCCCUCCUGCUUCUCCCUUUCUCUUCACAGCCUUCCAGGGACCAACCUCUUUCCAGGUCAUCCAGAUCUCAUCAUUUGCCAACCGCACCUGGUCACACAAUCAAGGUUCAGGCUGGUUGGAUGAUUUGCAGAUUCAUGGCUGGGACAGUGACUCGGGCACUGCAACACUCCUGAAGCCCUGGUCCAAGGGCAACAUCAGUGAUGAGGAGUUUGCUGAGCUGGAGGAGAUAUUCCGAGUCUACUUCUACAGAUUUACUCAAGAUAUAAAGGGGAGUGCCACUAAAUUCCAGCUGAAAUUCCCCAUUGAGACUCAGGUCAUAGCAGGCUGUGAGCUACGUUCUGGGGGUUCCAUAGUAAGCUUCUUCAGGGGAGCUUUAGGAGGAUUGGAUUUCCUGAGUGCUCAGAAAGAUACAUGCGUGCCUGCCCCAGAGGGAGGCAGCAGGGCACAGCGUAUCUGCAAACUAAUCAUGCAAUAUCCCGCUGUCAUCAAUAUUGUGAGGAAGCUCCUCUUUGACACCUGCCCCCGAUAUCUCCUGGGCGUCCUUGAUGCAGGGAAGGCAGAGCUGCAAAGGCAAGUGAAGCCCGAAGCCUGGCUGUCCAGUGGCCCCAGUCCCGGGCCUGGCCGUCUGCUGCUGGUGUGCCACAUCUCAGGAUUCUACCCAAAGCCUGUGUGGGUGAGGUGGAUGCGGGGUGAGCAGGAGCAGCCAGACACUCAGCACAGUGACCUCCUGCCCAACGCUGACUGGACAUGGUAUCUCCGAGCGACCCUGGAUGUGGCAGCUGAGGAGGCGGCUGGCCUGUCUUGUCGGGUGAAGCACAGCAGUCUAGAGGGCCAGGACAUCAUCCUCCACUGGGGACACUCCAUCUCCACUGGCUUGAUCAUUUUGGCUAUAAUCGUGCCCUCCUUGAUCCUUUUGCUGUGCGUUGCAUUAUGGUAUAAGAGGCGCUGGUCAUUUCAGAAUAACCCUUGAGCCCCUGUCCUAUCUUCUCUCCCAUUUGGAAUAAGCACCAAGAAGCCUAGAAUCCCAAGAUGUGAACCCAGGUGUCACUCUCAUCAUAUUUCAUCAAAUUAUCAGCAUAUUUUAUCAAAAUAGAGUUUCAUACAUUUUAAGAUAAAUAAUAAACACCAGCAGAAAAAUUA